UAUAAUCAUACAUAUUACUAUUGUUGACCUUUUUCUCCGUGUACCAUUAAUGAUAUCCGAACAUUUGGAACUUUUUAUUCGUGCUAUCGUUUGAGUUGUUUUGUUUAUGGAAUUAUACCGUGGGUUUGGGAGAUUUGUUUGUUUUGAUGAUUUUAUGAGGUUCGUAUGCAAUAUUUUUCGUUCAGAAUCGAUUUUUCUUGUUGGUUCUUAAUAGUUCCUUUAGAUAUGUUGUGUUUAACGUUGAUCAUUACAUGGAUAAGUUGAAAGUUUAUUUCAUAGAGUUUUGGAAAGAUCCGAAUUGUGAAGCCCCUUCUGGGCUUUGUGGGGGGUGCUGAAUAGCUAUAUUUUCUUACUCUGAAGUUAUGGUCGGAAAGGAUCUUUCUAGUUUGAGUCAAUAACUUUAACCAUCUUCACAAUAUUUUGAGUAGUUUCUCUGAUGCUGGCUUAUACCGUUAUACGUUCUGCUAUUUGGAGUAGAUAACUAUUUGUGUAUUAAUUUUAUGAUCGUGGUUAUAAUUGCCACUUUGUUUGUUGACCAGGAAAAGAUAAAUAAUUGCUAAGUCUUAGUUUGCCUGAAUGGAUCCAGCUAGGGACGAACAAUUGGAUUAUGGAGAUGGGGAAUAUGGUAAAAACGCAAUAUCAUCAAGUAGGAGCUAUACCCGCACUUGCAGAGGAGAAAAUGAUAGGGGAGGAUGAUGAAUAUGAUGAUCUCUACAAUAAUGUGAAUGUUGGAGAUGGUUUUCUGCAGUUGCAGCAGUCUGAAGCACAAAUGCUCGCUCCUGAUGUUGGCAAUGGUGGGUCCCACGCUUCAAAAGCAAAUGUUUCUAAUGCUAGCGAUGAAGCAAGAGUUGUACAAGAGCUGAUAGGGGACCUGAACAAUUCUUGUUGCUGCACAAAGGGGAAGGAUAUCUGAGAUGACACAUAAAUCUCAAGCAGGACAUUUAGGAUUUCAAGGAUCAGUUCCUAUGCCCCAGAAAGUUGCUGCAGAUUCAAAUAACGUCUCAGAGAAAGUAGCUGGUGAGCCGUCUCUUUUACCUACUGUGGGCAGCUCAAGAGUUGUUCCAGAUAUUCCAGCCAGUCGAAUGAAUCCAAGUGCAAAUAUGAUAGUGAAACGCAUGGUUGAUAAUGAGAACCUGAUACGGCCAACUGUAGAAAAUGGAAAUACGACGCUCCUUGUGGGACAGUUAUAUUGGUGGACAUUGGAUUUAUUGUUGAUGUUUCAGUAGACGUUUCUUUAGCUCUUGCAAGAAUUGUAUGGGAGUCAUUCCUACAAGAAAUCAUAUCGAUUCAACUUUCA